CAAAGUGGCCACCAGCAGCUUCCACAUGCAUCCCACCAAUUCAUUGACUCGGGAUAAGAAAAUGUCCUUUCCCUAUAGUUCCAGCAAAAGACCUAGGGCAGGCUCUCCUUAGCUCUUCCCCAAACCAAUCACUGGGCCUAGGGGGUUGAAAUAUUCUGACUGAUCAGGCUGUCACAGGGCAACUCCUGGUGGCCUCCCCCUUUCUGCUUGCCCCUCCCCUGCUGCCUCAGCACUUCCAAACCAUGGAAGAGACCCACCUGCGGCACAUGAAGACCCUGCUGGGCUCCUACGCCCACUCGGUGGAGGACACCCACGUGCAGAUCGGGCAGGUUCACGAGGAGUUUAAGCAAAAUAUAGAGAACAUCAGCGUGGAAAUGCUGCUGAGAAAGUUUGCAGAAAGCAAGGGCACGGGCCGGGAGAAGCCUGGUGAGUCGGGGCACCUGGGGGUCAGGCUGCGUGGAAAGGACAGGGUUCACGAGGCAGGAGACUUCCCUGGGUCUCAGUUUCCUCAUCAGUAAAAUGGGCUGAUGACA